AUGAGCAGUCUCUUUGCUUUCGCGGCGGCUAUACUAAUCCUCACCCACUGUACCGCUGCACAGCAAUUCUUUGAUGGGUCCGGAGGGGUCGACGUAACGACUGAGGGGAUCACCGCUGCGUGCAGCUCCGCCCUGAAUGAGACACUUCAGUGCAAUGGACUGCUUGGGGUUACUGCGUUUGAAGGCUCAGAUCUCUCAGCAACCAAUAUUACAGAUCUGUGUCAGCCGGACUGCGAGAAGUCUCUCAAAGAUCUGAGGUCCGCUAUCCAGGACGCCUGCCCGACAGAAGACAACAGAUUGACGCUAGGCACGACCAUAUAUCCUGCUACUGCGACGAUUGACUUCUUUCUUUCCACAUGGGACAGACUUUGUCUGAAAAAAUCAACCUCGAACGAGUUUUGCUAUAACGAGAUGCGUCCGUGGCAGCAGCAGAACAACCUAACCCAUGAGCAGCUCUGCUCUGAUUGCUUUUUGGAUACUCUUCGAAUUGAUUUGUCCUCUGAGUACACUCACAACGAUGAUGUCGCCGAGACCUUCUCUUCGCUGACGUCAAGUUGCCAAAAGACUGGAUUCGGGUACACAUCACCAACUCACAUUGCUUUGAGCAGCAGCGUCAUCUUGGAGACACCAAACCCCCAAACCUGUGAUGACCCCGUCAAAAUUGCGGCACAAGACACCUGCAACUCUAUCUCUUUGGCACACAACGUGUCAACUUCUGCUUUGCUGAUCAAGAACCGCUUGCCCGCAUACUGUCGAGACUUUCCAAGACCUGGGACUUCGCUGUGUCUCCCCCCAUCGUGUGAUGUACACACCGUCCGGAGAAACGACACGUGCGAAGAUGUUGUUCGACAAUAUUCCUACUCAUUCACAACCACACAGCUGCUAUCCUGGAAUGCGAACUUGAAUGCACUCUGCACAAUUAUGGCACAACAGCAAGGCAUGCAGAUAUGUGUGAGCCCACCUGGAGUCAGCUUACAUCACUUUACCAAGUCAACCCAGACGAGUGGUUGUACCACAACUACCGGUCCGCCUCCGACAAAUACCGCUUCUUUCGCGGAACCAUCAAGAUCGACAACAACCGCACAAACUACCAAGGAAGGCUCUGUUCCGAUAGCACCUGGUACUCUGGACGGGGGCGAUUGCCAAUCCUACCCCAUCUGGACUGACAUCGCCCAGGACGACCAGUAUGCCAACUCCUGUGAAUAUAUUACCACUUUCCUUGGCAGCUCCUUACAGGAGUUUCUGCAAUGGAACCCGAGCCUGAAAGGCAUUACGCCAUGCGAACUGCAAAAAGGGUACAGGUACUGCAUCAUUUCGUGGGACUUCGCAAAUGAAUCUGGGAAUGCCGAAUCUGGCAAUGUUGCGUCAGAAAUGCCGUCGACUGGUGACUCACCUCAUCAGACAUCGUCUCUAGUCAGGGCCCAGGACAAGCCCAGUUGUCGAACGAGUCGACAUUCAAGACAGUGGCAAAGCGCUUUGGUUUACGUUACUCUCACUUGA